CCAUAAUUAUCUUCCUCUUCUCUCUCCGUUGUCUCCCUCUUCAUUCUCUCUCUCUUUUUCCUGCUCUCUGUCUGUACUUCCUAUUCCGAGAACGAGGUUGCAGUGUGUAGCUUGUUAUCUUGAUUUGUGGUUUAUUUUGAGUUGAUUCCAGCUAUGGCUUCGCCGCCGGUGGAUCGCAAAGGCGAGUCCUCGGCCGGAGAGUCCCAGAGAUCUAUGCCGACGCCUUUUCUAACGAAAACUUAUCAACUUGUUGACGAUCAUACCAUAGACGAUGUCAUAUCAUGGAACGAAUAUGGAACCAGUUUCAUCGUCUGGAAUCCGACGGUUUUCGCCAGAGAUUUGCUUCCUAAAUAUUUCAAGCACAACAAUUUCUCCAGCUUCGUCCGUCAACUUAACACCUAUGGAUUCAGAAAAGUAGUACCUGAUCGGUGGGAAUUCACGAAUGAGUGUUUUCGCAGAGGCAAGAAACAACUAUUGUGCGAAAUUCAGCGUCGGAAAAUCUCGCCGCCGUCGGCACCAGCAGCCGGUGCAAGUGCAACUGCAGCCGCGUCAGUUCCGACGGCGGUGCCAUUGACGGCAAGACCAAUGGCGAAACAUAUCAUAUCGCCUUCAAAUUCAGGGGAAGAACAAGCCAUUUCGUCGAAUUCAUCGCCGACUGGAGCUCCGGCUGAGCUUUUAAACGAGAACGAGAGGUUGAGAAAGGAAAACAUUCAGCUGAGCAAACAAUUAGCAGAGAUGAGAUCUCUUUGUAACAACAUAUUCAAUCUCAUGUCAAAGUACGCAAAUAAUCAAAAUAUCAGCUCGCAAGAUAGACUGGGCGACUUCACCGCCGUGAAACCGCUCGAUUUGAUGCCGGUCGCACGGUGCGCCGGUAACGAGGAUGCGGUGGCGAUUGCGGAAGUCGACAUGAAUCCGAAGCUGUUUGGGGUGGCGAUAGGUGCGAAGCGAUCAAGGGACGGCGGAGGCGGUGGCGGAGGUGGAGGCGAUACAGUGUUAAGCUUGCACAGAGUGGGGCCCAUGGAGAUGAAAUCAGAACCGUUGGGUUGCCAGAGGCGUCGAGAUAAUCAGGAAGCGCCGUGGCUGAAUCAAUGCCAUAACGCGAAUCAGAGAGUUUGUAAUUAACACGUGGCAUUCCAUUCCAAUGCAAAAAAUUCUUGCCUAGGUUCCGCGCGACUUGCUUGCACGCGCCGAAUGGAGUCACGUGCGUGUUGUACUUGGAAUGGAUUCCUGAAGUUUCUCAGAGAUGCAUGCGACAUUAUCAUCUCUGUUCAAGAAGGAAAUCAUAGUUGCCCUUUUUUUGUUUUUCUUUUUUUUUUUUUUUGCUUUUACUGCUUUUCCUUGACUUUCUGGCAUCGAAUUGUACGGUGACAGCUGGACUUAGGUUUGUUUUAGUGCUGAAAUUUCCCUUACUUUUGUAUUUUUGUUUAGAUUAUUAAUAUUGAUAGUAGUUAUUAAUAGUAUUAAUUAAUGCAGAAGUGUCAGUGGCACCUUGGGUUAUUCUUAAGAGUAAAAUACUUUACUGUUCUCUCUAUUUUAUUUUUAUUACACAUA